ACAAUACAUCUGGAACGAUAACUCCUAUAGGUUUGUCAAGGAAGACACAAAAAUAGACACGAAGUUAGACAACAAAGGUUUACGCAAAGUAAAUAAGGAGACAUAAAGACAGACAUUGUUAUUCAUUGACAAGCUUCUGAAACAUUCAAGCUCAUGGUUACUGCUACGCCCCCUACAAUUACGUCUUUUUCCCAACCAAUAGUCUCAAAAGGAUUAGGAAAAUUUAUCUGACAACCUUGGUUUGAGGCUCCUAUUCAAGGCAUUGUUUAUUUUACCGUUGAAAGUUUCAACCGGUGUAAGUAAUAAAUCUUUCCGAAACCUGUCUUUAGAGGACUGAGCACGGCACGACUGUCGGAGGCCCGUUCAUUGCGAACUUUAAUUAUUCAAAAUGGCCGCGGUCAUUGUUGCUGAUGAAAGUUACGGAGAAGACUCUCUUCGCACACAAUAUUCACUUUUGUAUGAUACAAAUCAGUUGAAACAAGAAAAGUUAUACAAAGAUGAUAGCUAUACUUCUUUUAAUAAAUUUAUUAAGGAUGCUUUUCUCCCUCGAGGUUACCCCACCAGUGUCAGCAGUGAUUAUCGAGAGUAUCAAAUUUGGGAUACUUGUCAGGCAUUUUGCUCAUCCAUUAUUGCUGCCCUAGCUGCGCAAGCCAUGCUUCAAGCUUAUGGUGUUGGUGAUGAAAAUGCAACAAUUCUAGCUGCUACUUUUACAUGGCUUUUGAAAGAUGGCACAGGAAUGGUUGGCAAGAUUAUAUUUACAUGGAUGAAAGGAACUGAGCUAGAUUGCCAUGCAAAAAAGUGGAGAUUAGUAGCAGAUGUCAUCAAUGAUCUUACAUAUUUUAUUGAGCUCCUGGCUCCAAGAUUCAAAGAUUAUUUUCUUGUCUUUGCUUGUAUGUCAAGCUUAUGCAGGUCUUUGGUUGGUGUUUGUGGUGGUGCUACAAGAGCUGCAUUGACUCAACAUCAAGCUUGCAUGGACAACAUGGCUGAUGUGUCUGCAAAAGAUGGAAGUCAGGAGACAAUGAUCAAUCUUGUUGCCUUCGUUGUCAAUCUUCUUCUUGUUCCUAUGGUUACUGGUCAUGAAAGUGUUAUUUGGCUGCUGUUUGUCAUUUUUACGUUUCUUCACCUUUAUUGCAACUUUCGUGCUGUGUCAGCUGUCGUUAUGGACACAAUCAACUCGACUCGUAUGCAUUUAUUAGUAGAAAAUUUUAUUAAAAAUGGCGAAGUUCUCACUCCAAAAGAUAUCUCAGCCACUGAGCCCAUUCUCACCACCAGUUCAAACUGUCUACAUGUUCAACUUGGAUGUCGAUUUUCUGAUGUUGUUUCCAGUGUUCAUGAUUAUUAUGCAACAUUACAAAACUCAAAAACGAGUCUGUAUUUGAUGAAAUUGGAUAUUUCAAGAAACUUUAAAUCAGGAUCAGUAAAUGUUGUUCUUCAUAGAAAUAUAGAUUCAAGAGAUUUACUGCAAUGCUAUUUCCAAAUUGCAGUCAUGGAUUUAAUAAUAAGAACACCAGAAUUAAAAGAAACAAUUAAAAUAAUGGACAGACAAAGUCAGUUUUUACUGAAUGAUUUAUGUCUUUACUGGCAAGAAAUAUUUCGUUAUAAAGAAUUUCCUACUCAAGCAUCUUUGGAUGUUGUGGCACAAUUAUACAGAUUCACUGUUGAAAUAUUCCCAAAGUUUAUCAAGGCCUUAGAGUCCAAGGGUUGGGUAACUUUAAGGAACCAUCUUGGACCCAAUGAGUGGCGUUCUGACUGGACUGCACAUGGUAGCUAGUGAAGUCAUUUAGCAAAAACAUGUAAAGUCAUUCUGAGCAUGUAUUCAUUUUCUUUUGAGUGGGGAUUUAACAUAACGUCAAAAAUCACAAAGAAUUUAAAUGCAUUGUGCGAGUUUAGCCCAGAACAAAAUGAAAUGUUUGCUAUUUGCGAUGACUCUGUGUUCAAAGAUUAAACAUUUUUUAUACGCAAUCGCACAAAAUUAUCGGCAAUAAGCUCUUAAUCAAAAUUUCAAAAAAGAAAUAAAACAAAAGUACAUUUGUAUAA